AUGACUAGCAAAAAAGAUUGGGAAUAUGGUGCCAUCGAUCAGUUGGAGCAAAUUUUCCAGCGAAGCAACCGAGGCCACCAGGCGGUCCAGAUGCUCAACAACCAAGACUUCUCUUUUCAACUGUUCGCUUCGCUUAUCCCUCACAAAAGUGCAGAGUUUGCACGCGACCUCAACCGCCUUGCGACAGCAGAAGACACGCACCCUCCACAUCGGGGCGAGUUGCUAGACCCUGGGACCUCCACUGUGAAAGAGAGGUCUCGCCAGAAGUCCAGUUGGAUACAGAAUACAAACGCACGCACGUAA